AUGCCGAAGGGGGUGGUGGUGGUCGAUUAUUACGAGGUGGUUGGGCAGAAGGAGCUAGUGGUGGAGAUAUCAAAGGGGGUGGUGGUGGUCUAUUGUUACGAGGAUGGAGGUGGUGGUAGAGAUGUCGAAGGAAGUGGUGGUGGUCUAUUGUUACGAGGUGGUUGGGCGGAUGGAGGUGGUGGUGGAGAUGUCGGACGAAGUGGCGGUGGUCUAUUGUUACGAGGAGCUUGGGCGGAUGGAGGUGGUGGUGGAGAUGUCGAAGGGGAUGGUGGUGGUCUAUUAGUAAGAGGUGGUUGGGCGAAUGGAGGUGGUGGUGGAGAUGUGGAAGGAGGUAGUGGUGGUCUAUUAUUACGAGGUGGUUGGGUGGAUGGAAGUGGUGGUGGAGAUGGCGAAGGAGGUGGUGGUCUAUUGUUGCGAGGUGGUUGGGCGGAUGGAGGUGGUGGUAGAGAUGUCGAAGGAGGUGGUGGUAGAGAUGUCGAAGAGGGUGGGGGUGGUGGUGGAGGCGUCGAAAAGGGUGGUGGUGGUCUGUUGUUACGAGGUGGUUGCACGGAUGGAGGUGGUGGUGGCAGUCUAUUAUUGCGAGGUGGUUGGGCGGAUGGAGGUGGUGGUCUAUUGCUACGAGGAGGUUGGGCAAAUGGAGGUGGUGGUGAAGAUGUCAAUAUGGGUGGUGGUGGUCUAUUGCCACGAGGUGGUUCGGCGGAUGAACGUAGUGGUGGAGUUGACGAAGGGGGUGGUGGUGGUCUAUUGCUGCGAGGAGGCAGGGCAGAUAGAGGUAGUGGUGGAGAUGUCGAAGCGGGUGGUGGUGGUCUAUUAUUACGAGGUGGUUGGGCAGAUGGAGGUGGUGGUGAAGAUGUCGAUGGGGGUGGUGGGGGUGGUGGUGGACUAUUGUUACGAGGUGGAUGGGCUGAUGGAGGUGGUGGUGGAGAUGUCGAAGGGGGUGGUCGUAGUGGUGGUUUAUUGUUGCGAGGUGGUUGUGCGGAUGGAGGUGGUGGUGGAGGUAGCGAAGGGGGUGGUGGUGGUCUAUUGUUACGAGGUGGUUGGGCGGAUAGAGGUGGUGGUGGAGAUGUCGAAGGAGGUGGUGGUGGUCUAGUGUUACGAGGUGGUUGGGCGGAUAGAGGUGGUUGUGGAGAUGUCUUAGGGGGUGGUGGUGGUCUGUUGUUACGAGGUGAUUGGGCGGAUGGAGAUGGUGGUGGAGAUGUUGAAGGAGAUAUUAGUGGUCGAGAUGGCGAAGCAGGUGGUGGUGGUCUAUUGUUACGAGGUGGUUGGGCAGAUGAAGGUGGUUGGACGGAUGGAGAUUGUGGUGGAGAUGUCGAAGGGGAUGGUGGUGGUCUAUUGUUACGAGGUGGUUGUGCGGAUGGAGGUGGUGGUGGAGAUGGAGAAGGGGGUGGUGGUGGUCUAUUAUUACGAGGUGGUUGGACGGAACGAGGUGGUGUUGGAGAUGUCGAAAAGGGUGGUAGUGGUCUAUUAUUACGAGGUGGUUGGGCGGAUGGAGGGGGUGGUGGUGGUCUUUUGUUAGGAGGUGGCUGGGCGGAUGGAGGUGGUGUUUGA